AUGAGGGCGUUUUUCUCGCAAGCGAAAAAGAAAAUAGAGGCCGAGAUCGCCUCUAUUACGGGCGACGAUGAUGACACGCGACCAGCGCCGCCGCCGCCUCAGGCGCAGCCAUACCCGCAGGCACCGCCUCAAGGGUUUGAGCGGGCUGUGUUUGCCCAUUUCAUGCUGAGCAACACGUGCGACUACACUGUCGAUGAAUACAAGUACGACAUCGGCUUAGCCCAAGAGGCUCAUAUCGAUGGUUUUGUAGUGAACUUUGGUAUACACGAAGAGGCAAUUGCAAAGCUUCCAGAGUUUUUCGCUGCAGCUGAACAAACCGGAUUCAAGCUGCUUUUGUCGUUCGAUUACGAGGGAGCCGGCGCCUGGCCCAAGGAGCGGGUCAUUGAGAUGCUUAAUCGGUUUGGCCCAUCCCCAGCAUACUUUAAGCGCGGAUGGCAACCAGUAGUAUCUACUUUCGAAGGCACCGGGAAUGCAGCCGAUUGGCAUGAUAUCAAGGCAGCCACUGGCUGCUUCUUCAUGCCUUCUUUCUCAUCUAUAGGCGCCGAGAAUGCUGUCAACACUGGUGUUACCGAUGGCCUGUUCAGCUGGGCUGCAUGGCCUCAUGGCAACAGUCGUAAAAUGGACCCUGGUCUGGAUGCCUCAUACAAACAUUUCUUGGGCCACAGGCCGUACAUGGUAGCCGUUUCUCCAUGGUUCUACACCAACUUGCCUACUUGGAAUAAGAACUGGGCCUGGAAGGGAGAUGAUCUUUGGAACGACAGAUGGAAUGAAAUUCUCCAGUUGAGACCCGAAUAUGUACAGAUUAUUUCUUGGAACGACUUUGGAGAAUCUCACUAUAUCGGUCCUCUCCACGAGAAACAAUUUGGUGCUUUCGAAUACGGAAAGGCACCAUUCAACUAUGUUCGAGACAUGCCUCAUGACGGCUGGAGGUUGUUGCUGCCUUUCCUUAUCGACCUUUACAAGUAUGGUCAUGCUACCAUCAAUCGCGAAGGCCUCGUGACCUGGUACCGUAUACAUCCUGGCCAUGCUGGUGACUCUGGAGGCACCACUGGCAACACCCCCAGCCAUGGCCAAGAGUUGUUUCAUCCAGCAGAGAUAAUGGAUGACAAAGUCGUGUAUUCUGCACUGCUUACUGGGCCCGCUUCAGUCACUGUAAGUAUCGGUGGAGUGCCUCAGGAAGGAUCGUGGGACGAUGACGGCGUGCCCAACGGUGGUAUUGGUGUCUAUCACGGUAGUGUUCCUUUUAACGGUAGGCUUGGAGAAGUGACUGUCACUAUUCACAGAGGAGGCGAAGUGGUUGCGCAAGUUCAAGGACGCCCUAUCACAACAGAGUGCACAGAGGGAAUAAACAACUGGAAUGCCUGGGUUGGUGCCGCACAUUCACCAGCAGGCACAUAUGCUGUCGCCCACUUGGCCUAA